AGGUAAGUAAAUUGAGAAGGAUAUGUGUGUGUCUGCCAGAGUAUCUGUGUAGUGUGUGGGUGUGCGUGAGAUCACAGGACGCGGAGUACAUGUUUGCUCAGUAAUCUCUGGCUGAACCUGUCUGUUAGGUGUGGGCUGGCUGGCACUGACUUGCAAAGGUAUGAGGAGAAAUCCAGCACAGUCCUGAGAGAGGAGGGGAACUCUAGCGCUUCUGUGACGGGAACUCUUCAUUUCUCACAAAAAUAAGCAGGGAAAGGCACACACAGAAACACCUGUACAAAGGACAGUGGAAGAGGAAACCCGUGGGAACGAGGAAAGGCUGUUUUGGAAGGACAAAGACAGAGAGAACAACACUUCAGAAUGUGAAAUAACCCAGAGGAGAUUCUUCUACUGCAGUUCGAUCAAUGGGUCUGGGAUUCCAAUGUGGCAUUUCAGGCUCUGGGAUGUACAAGAUGUUGCUGUGUUUCUCAGCAUCACAUUAUAUAUGUGUUAUCUAGCCGGAGCCAUCUCCAUCCACUCUCCCCAGAGGAGCCUGACCAGGUCGGUGCAGGACGAUGUGUUUUUCUCAGUGGACGUUACCUGCAGUGAGGUACCCACCAUACAAUGGAACUUUAUGUCGGGAGCGGUGAGCCGCACCAUUGGGACUUGGCAGCCGGGGGUGUACACCAACAUAACGGUGGAUUACGUGAGCAGAGUGCAGUCCUUCGACAAUGGCUCGAUGGGCCUGUCGGACUUGCGGCUGCAGGAUGCCGGAUACUACGUGGUCACCGUCACGGAAAGCGCAGGAAGCAGCAAGGAUGCAGGUUUUGUCCUGAAAGUGAACGAGGUGCUAUAUGAGGAUCUCCAGUACCUGUCCGUCUCUGCCUUGGCACUGGCCUGUUUGGCCGGCCUUCUCAUGCUGGCCAUGUGGCUGCUGGACAAGGCCUACAGGAAGAUAGUGGCAUGGAGACGCAGGAAACAGAUGCCAGAAACCGACGUGACAGAGCUGCAGCGUCUCUGAUGGACGUCUCGCUGUGCUUUGGACCGGACAGGAAAACAAACCGGAGACUGUUCAUCCAUUUUUUUUUUUUUUUUAAAUUUAGGAGUCCGCGGACUGACCGGAUCUAAGGACAGGGAGUCAGCGCGGCCAUGAGGAGCUCCAUCUUGUAGACGAAGUUCCGUCCCUCCAUCUUGCUCCAGUGGACCUCUUUGCUCGGCCCCCUGAGGUGGCUCCACUUGGCGUCCUGGAUGACGUCGCUCUUCGGCAGCUCUUUGGUCUGGCUGCGGGGGAACUGGACCAGGACUUUGCACCCGCUCUCUGGGCCGUUACGCACUGAACAGACAGAGCGGAUACACACAGGCGAUACAUCAGUGAUCCGCUUAUGUUAACACAUUCAUACUUAGUCGUCUUGGUACAUUGAGUUCAUGAGAAUAUUCUGUAUUACCGCAGUAGGAUAUUAUCUCAAGACUACGUUAAAUCAUAAUGUGAUGUAGUGCAUUCCAGGAGUUGUAUUUGUGGGGAAGUGUUUGCUUUCUUAAUAAUCCCUCAACUUGUAUGAACCUGUCUUUUUGAUCGAGUGAUUUCAUAGCUGAGACUGGGUGUUGCAAUGCAUGAGUUGGGCCUGAAAAAGCAACAGGUCUCAUCUCUGCUGCGAUGCAUUUUGGUCAACUAGGGCUAACGUUGGUGCCGAAAAUUGCAUUACUUCCAAUUCUCAUGCGUUUCUCCCCGUGACUGUUGAAUGUCAGUGCACUCUGUUGAGUCUAGAAGGAAAUCCCUGUUGUUUGAAAAAAAUACACCAUAAUAGCCACAAUAAAGCUUCAAAAGUAGCUUAUUUUUAACACGUUUCAAGAUGGAUUCUCUGCAUGAUUUUCUUAAGAUAGAGGAGAACUUCCUAUUUGGAUGUUUGCGACACUCGUCUCACCUGAGAUGGCGUACUCUCCAUUGGGAGAGGCGACGGUGACGGCGGAGGCAUUCCCAAUGCUCUCCACUGGGCCCAGGCCCACAUGGUUACUGAAGCUCAGGACAUGCCAGCCCAUCACUUUGGCCAGCUGCUGGACAGCGUGCACCUGAUGCUGCGACAUCUGUGAACGUACAAACACCACAGUGUGAAAAUACAGUAAAAGUCCUGCAUUCAAAACCUUGAAAUAAAACUAUGCAAGUAUUAUCGGCUAAAUGUACUUUGAAGGAUGACGAGUAAAAGAAUAGAUUGUACAGUAAAAUGUUCCCUGGCAGUGUUUUACUAU